GCCUCCUGGAUGGGGCCCUGGGUCCCAAGAGCCCACCCAUGCCUUCCCCAGCCUCGGCUUCCACAUCUGUGCAAUGGGGGUGACCGUCUCCGCCCGGCUGGCCAUCCGGAGGGGCUGUGAGCACCAGGGUGGCGUGGGAGUGGCCGUGGCGGUGGCAGCCUAUGGGAAGCCCUAAGGGAUUUUCACGGGCCGGGCCUUCACCAUGGCUGGAGGGAGACCUCUCCUGAAACGAAGCUUCUCCAUCAUCCCCUGCUUUGUCUUUGUGGAGUCAGUGCUGCUGGGUGUGGUGGUCCUGCUGGCUUACCGCCUGGAAUUCACGGACACCUUCCCGGUGCACACGCAGGGCUUUUUCUGCUAUGACAGCACCUACGCCAAGCCUUACCCGGGGCCCGAGGCAGCCAGCCGCGCGCCCCCAGCCCUCAUCUACGCCCUCGUCACAGCUGGGCCCACCCUCACGAUCCUGCUGGGGGAGCUGGCCCGGGCCUUCUUCCCGGCUCCCCCCUCCGCCAGCCCCAUCAUCGGAGAGAGCACGAUUGUGUCUGCGGCCUGCUGUCGCUUCAGCCCCCCACUCCGAAGGCUGGUUCGCUUCCUGGGGGUCUAUUCCUUUGGCCUCUUCACCACGACCAUCUUUGCCAACGCGGGCCAGGUGGUGACGGGCAACCCCACGCCGCACUUCCUGUCCGUUUGCCGCCCCAACUACACGGCCCUCGGCUGCCUGCCGCCCUCGCCAGACAAGCCCGGGCCUGACCGCUUCGUCACGGACCAGGGCGCCUGUGCUGGGAGCCCCAGCCUCGUGGCCGCCGCACGCCGCGCCUUCCCGUGCAAGGACUCCGCUCUCUGUGCCUACGCGGUCACCUACACGGCGAUGUACAUAACUUUGGUGUUCCGCGUGAAGGGCUCCCGUCUGGUGAAGCCCUCUCUCUGCCUGGCGCUCCUUUGCCCUGCCUUCCUGGUGGGCGUGGUCCGUGUGGCCGAGUACCGCAACCACUGGUCCGACGUGCUGGCCGGCUUCCUGACCGGGGCGGCCAUCGCCACCUUUCUGGUAACAUGCGUGGUGCACAACUUCCAGAACCGGCCCCCCUCAGGCCGAAGGCUCUCCCCCUGGGAAGAUCUCAGCCAAGCCCCCACCAUGGACAGCCCCCUCGAAAAGUUAAGUGUGGCCCAGGAACCCGAGACCUGCAGACCGCAUCCGACACCGGCGCGGCUCACCCCAUCCAAGCCGCAGAACUGCGCCCUCCGUGGCCACCUGAUUCCGAGCUGCGUGUCCUCCAGGGCCCCGGCCAUGUGCUCGUCGCCCCGUGUGCCCCGUCCUCGCCUGAGGUCUGAGCCGACGCCCCUGCCGCUGCCCCUGCCCCUGCCCGCGCCCACCACCCCCAGCCAGGGCCCUUCGCCUUCCUCCCCAGGUCCUGGGGGGCCGGGCGGGGGCGGGGGGCGCGGCCGGAAGCUGCUGCUCCCCACGCCCCUGCUCCGGGACCUGUACACCCUGGGCGGACUGUACCCGUCCCCUUUCCACCGGGACGACUUCAGCCCUUACCUCUUCGCCAGCCGGGACCACCUGCUGUGA